AUGUCAGCGCUGAGGUUUCACCCCCGCGCCCACACGCCGGGAACUGAGCCUCAGCUCACCUGGCCACCCCUCGUUUUGGACGUUGACCUUGAAGCCUCUUCCUUGGAGGCGCUCGUCUUGGGCAUGGUGCAGACCCUUCCCCUCCGGGGCCGGGAGCAUUUAAAAGUCGACCAGCUGCCGCUCUUCUGGAUUCCAAGGAGACGUCACCCUUCAGAGGAGGAGGGAGACGUGCUGAUCCAUCCUGGGAAGACGUCCUCACUUCCCGAGCGACCCCAGCGGAAAGGGGCUGUCCCCCGCCCUCUCGCCUCUCUGCCUGCGUCACUCCAUCAGAACAAAGGGCGCCUUGCGCGCCUCCAUCGCGUGGAUGUCCUUGGCACCUUGCUGCUCACGCAGGCGGAGUCUGCCGCGCCCGCCCUUCCUGCCGUGCUGCGUGCUGCCCCCUGCUCGCUUCCGGACGUUGGCCCCCUCCCUCCCCUCCCCGUCCCCCGCCUCCGGCUGUGUGUCUGCGCUCACUGUCCGUCUUCCCCAUGCCUGUGGCCAUCCCUCCUGUCCUGCCCCAUGAGAUCCUGCCUCCAGGACUGCAUGCAGCUCAGCCCACCCACCCGAGCUGGGAGCUGGCUCCCCUUGUCCCCAUCUGACACUGGCCUCCACGCCGCUUCUGACACCUGGGGACCUCCUGGGACCCCUGUCCUGGUCUAUUCAAGUCACCACACCAGUCCCGUGUGCCCACCUGUGAUUCCUGGGUCCUUCGCCUUUGUACAAUCAGCGGAAUCAAAGAAAGCCGAGGAAAGCAUCUGUUUGGCCGAGAGGCUGAGUCUAUCAGAAACAAACAAGAAUAAACCCCCAACCACCCCCGCCGGAGCUGGAGCACCCCGGGAGCCCCAGGCCAGCGGAGGGCUCCGGGUGACCGCUGCUCGCGGCUGGCUGCUGGGCUGGGCACAGCAAGGUACCACAGGUGAGGAUAAGCGGCAGGGUCGGCUGGCCGAGGACACUGGGCUCCACCUCUCGCCCUUCGUCAUGGGUCCUUCCGGCUCCUUUUUGGAGGGUCACCUCUGCGUCCCUGUCCAGGAAAGCCUGGACUCGGCUAAAAAUCACUGUUGGGUGUACCGUGUCCUUCUGAGCAAAACCACCGUCGUUCUCACCAAGAGGCUGUCCCUGGACCUGAGGAUCAUGGGCUAG